ACUGACACCUUGUCACUCCUCCUUUCCAUUUUGAACCUUGAUGCCCCCUAGACGUUGGAUAAGUCUUCAAUAUCAUCAACACCUCUGGAGGAACAUCUGGUCAUCAUGAAGGCCGAACACGUCUUCCUGCUCUGCAUCCUGGGAGCCGCUCUGCUGUCCACAGUCCUCUGCAGCAAUGGAAUUGGACCCGACGACUGCUGCUUCAAAUUCUAUCGACGGCAGAUGAGAAAAACGGCCAUCCGCUCGUACUACUUGACCGACCACCGCUGUCCCAAGGCUGCAGUCAUUUUGGUCACAGAGCAAAAUCGUCGUCACAUCUGCGUGGAUCCAAGUCUCCUGUGGGUUGAAAACAUGAUGAGGCAUCUGGAUGAAAAGGACUUGAAGUGAACCUCUUGCUCAUCCUCUCACCUUUCCCUGCUUUGUUUCAUCCCUCAUAAAAGCUGGAGAACAUUUGCGGCGUUCUGACGGCUCAGCUUGUUAUUCUGAUGGACCCGUUCAAAGGUUUUUGCUUCCAAGCGGAGUCAUUUAUCUGGCUGUGUUUCAGUGGUUUUGUUAUCUUGAUGGGUUAACCUCACUGGAAACCGGUUUUGAUUUGAUCUUGUUUUCUGAUGUUUUCCAAACUGAUCUGCUGUAUCUGUUGGUUUCAUCUAAAAUACAAAAUAAAAACAUGUAUUCAUCUG